AUGUGCCACUUUCAGGUCUCCUCACACUGCUGGUGUGUUUCCAUUUUUUGUCAUAGGGUGCUGGCAGAUUACGGGCCUCCCAUUGCUGCUGCCAGGCCCGUAAUCUGCCAUGGGCCCCCUGUAUCGCCUCCUCAUGCUGCUGCCAGUCCAGCAGUCUCUCAUGGGUCCCUGUACGGCCUCCCAUUGCUGCUGCCUCCAUCGCCACACUUCUGCCAUGUGCCACUUUCAGGUCUCCUCACACUGCUGGUGUGUUCCAUUUUGUCAAAAGGGGGGUGUAUGGCCUCCCCUUGCUGCUGCCCCCACCCACCCACUGUGGGCCCCCUUUGGUUUUGCCCCUGACUGCCCUUUGAGUGAAAGUGUGCGGUGAUUUGAUCACGGACCAUUUCUGUAUAUGGACAGUAUUUUUCUCUUCCCCGCGAUCCAAAGGGGAUUUUUAAAUUUAAAAAGGGACGUGUUCUGCACUAUUAAAA